AUAUUUAAACCCUCAACAAUCGGUAUUCGUUCGUUAUUUUUGUAUCAAAAAAACUUUCCAACAUGUGGACUGAGAGUAGUGAAUCACCAUGUUUGGGAUCAGUGCCAGUCAUUAAGGGGAAGUUUGAAGCCAUGCCCAAAUCUGCCCAACGCUUUGUUGCUAAAUGGGUGGGUAAUGUUAUAUAUAGACGCUACUGUAUCGCACUAAAUUAUUUUUAACUUCGAUUUGCGUAAUGUGUUUUGUGUCUACAAAUUUUGUUGAUGCGUUCAACCGUAUUCAUAGAUUUUUUUGAAGAUUUAUUUAGAAAGAACCUAAAAAUAGGAGCUCUAACUUGUAAUCACACAAAUUGACAAAUGAACCAAUUUUACAAUUAUUGUAUCAGUUAUACAAUAUAAUGCGACUUUCGAAUUCAAUGUAGUUCAGGUGGAAAUAUGUAAGCCAACAGGAGUGUACAUAUGUGAUGGCAGCAAAGAAGAACGUGAAGAACUUACAAAAAAAUUAGUUGAAUUGGGUUCUUUACAUAAACUACCACCGUAUGAAAACAACUAUAUCACAUGUACUGAUCCAAGUGAUGUUGCUCGUGUUGAAUCAAAAACUUGGAUCUGUUCAGAGCAUAAACAUGAUACUGUACCAGAUGUAGCUCCAGGAGUUAAAGGUGUUCUUGGUCAGUGGAUUUCACCUAGUGAUUUGAAUACUGAAAUUAAAGACCGUUAUCCUGGUUGUAUGGAAGGUCGUGUACUUUAUGUGAUUCCAUUCAGUAUGGGUCCAAUCGGAUCACCAUUGAGUAAAGUUGGGAUUGAAAUAACUGAUAGUAUUUAUGUUGUACUAUGCAUGAUAAUUAUGACACGUAUGCAUCCAGAUGUAUGGAAAGUCAUUGAAUCCAGUAAGGAGUUUGUUAGAUGCGUUCAUAGUGUUGGAUGCCCUACUUCAUCUCAUCGCAAAAUCGUCAAUCAUUGGCCAUGUAAUCCAGAGAAAACUUUAAUUUCUCAUGUACCUAAAGAACGUUUAAUUAUGAGUUUUGGCAGUGGUUAUGGUGGUAAUUCAUUAUUAGGGAAGAAAUGUUUUGCAUUACGUAUUGCCGGUUGUAUUGCUCGUGAUGAAGGCUGGUUAGCUGAACAUAUGUUAAUUAUGUCUGUAACAAAUCCAAAAGGUGAAGAGAAAUUCAUAGCUGCUGCUUUUCCUAGUGCUUGUGGUAAAACAAAUAUGGCUAUGCUUGAACCAUCAUUGCCUGGUUGGAAAGUACAAUGUGUUGGAGAUGAUAUAGCAUGGAUGCGUUUUGAUGAACAUGGUGUUCUUCGAGCAAUCAAUCCAGAAGCUGGUUUCUUUGGCGUUGCUCCAGGUACAAACGCUAAAACUAAUCCGAAUGCAAUGGCUACAUGUAUGAAAAACACUGUUUUUACUAAUAUUGCCCAAACUAAAGAUGGUCAUAUCUUUUGGGAAGGACUUGAAGAUCAAUAUAGUCCUGAUACAGAAAUUAUCACAUGGCUUGGUGAUCAUGUUAAAUUAUCUGAUAAAAGUAAAGAUCCUAAAGCACAUCCAAAUUCACGAUUUUGUUGUCCUGCUAAUCAAUGUCCAAUUAUUCAUCCUAAAUGGGAAGAUCCACGAGGUGUACCAAUUUCAGCUAUAAUUUUUGGUGGUCGUCGACCUGAAGGUAUACCAUUAGUUCUACAAUCAUUUGAUUGGAAACACGGUGUUAUGUUAGGCGCAGCAUUAAAAUCAGAAGCAACUGCGGCCGCCGAAUUCAAAGGUAAACAAGUUAUGCAUGAUCCUAUGGCUAUGCGUCCAUUUGUUGGUUAUAAUUUUGGACAUUAUUUAAAUCAUUGGCUUAGUAUGGAGAAACCAUCACAUAAAAUGCCUUUAAUAUAUCAUGUGAAUUGGUUCCGUUUAAAUAAACAAGGUAAAUUUGUAUGGCCUGGUUUUGGACAAAAUAUACGUGUUAUUGAUUGGAUACUUCGACGUGUUAAUGGUGAAGAUAUUGGUGUCAAUUCACCAAUUGGUAUUUUACCUAAAAAAGGUUCAAUCAAUUUCGAUGGUUUAAACGUUGAUUGGGAUGAGAAUUUUUCACUACCAAAGGAUUAUCUUUUAGAGGACGUUGAUGAAACAAUGAAAUAUUUACAGGAACAAGUUGGUAAAGAUUUACCAGCUGUUAUUCAAAAUGAAUUAAACAAUCAACGUGAACGUAUUCAAUCUCAACUUUAAAUGAAUAAAUCAGAGGAGGAAGAAGAAGACGAUGACGACGACGAUGAGAAUGAAGAAGUCAAUGUUUAAUCAUUUUCUUCAACUUUAUGUGCUUUCUAAUUUUUUUUUGCUUCUUGUUGCUGUUGUUAUUGUUGUUAGCUAACUUCUAUUGUUGUUUGUAGACAUUAAUUACAACUUGUUCUUUUUGUUUUUGUAUUGCUUUUAAUAUUACUACUAAUACUACUACUCACAAUAAUAUUCAUUUAUAUUGUCGUUAUUGUUUUAUGGUAGUAUUCUCAACAUUAUUGUGAUCCAACGAACCUUUUCAAUGAAAAUACAAUACAUUACAAUUUCUUUCUUUCUC